AUGUCGGCUGCAUUGCAAACAGCCACCCAUCAGCACACCGCUCUGGCGUCGUCUCCUCUGGCGUCGCCGCCGAGCCGCCAGUACAGGCCCCAGCAUUCGUCUCCGUCCAGGGAGGCAUACAAUGCUCAGCAGAACUCGACCGCAUCCCCAUCGUCGAGACGCCCUCCAUCACGCAAGACGAGCGAAAACGCACCCUCGCCUACCUAUCAUCUAACUCCCGCUUUCGGGAACCAGGCCGCCAACACGGCCGCAUCCCCCGAGCAACAGUCGCCCUCGUCCGAACAACUCGCCAACAUGCCUCCAACGGCCCCCCCGAGGACUUCAUCCAACCAUCAAAGUGGCAACUCGCGAAGAGCCAACUACUCCAACGAUAAGAUGUCUAACUCCCCUAGGCGCGGUCAGACGGAGCCCCCGCGGUCUGGCUCACGAGGCAAUCCUAUUGCGGCCGCCGAGAACGGGCAUCAGAGCAGAAAACCAGUCAAUUCUCACGUGGCACAGGAUUCGCCAGGCCGAUCUAGUAGCCGGGAUGGCAGAGCCACGACCACCAUGCCCAUCCGAUCCGCUCACAGCACACCCUCGAAACCGACACAAGAAGCUACCGAUACCCUUUCCAAGGUCAUCGCAGGCUCCGAAGAUGUCAACGGUCGCAGCCGCAAUCAUGUCGCAUCCCAGGACGAUGCCGCACCACCCCCUGUGGUCUCAUCCGGCGACCAUGAGGAGCGAAGAGGUGGUAGGAGUCGACAUGAUCACAGCAACCGAAACCACAAAGGAAAUACAAAGUUUGGUGACUUCAUUCUGGGCAACACCAUUGGAGAGGGCGAGUUUGGAAAGGUCAAGCUGGGCUGGAAGCAGGACAGCCAAGUCCAGGUUGCUAUCAAGCUGAUUAAGAGAGACAGUGUUGGCACCAACCCGUCUCGAUUUGCCAAGAUCUACCGUGAGGUCGCUAUCCUCCGCGGCGUCUCACACCCAAACAUUGUUCGCUUGAUUGAUAAGGUUGAGACCGACAGGCACAUUGGCAUCAUCCUUGAGUAUGCGUCGGGCGGCGAGCUCUUCGACUACAUCCUCAACCACCGAUACCUGAAGGAUCACUCUGCUCGCCGUUUGUUCGCCCAACUCGUCUCUGGUGUGGGCUACCUCCACAAGAAGGGAAUUGUUCACCGAGAUCUCAAGCUCGAAAACCUGCUCUUGGACCGCAACCGAAACAUAAUCAUUACCGAUUUCGGCUUUGCCAACACAUUCGAUUCGAAUGAGGAUCUUAGCGAUGAGGAGGAGCUUAACCUGACCGACAGGGAUUUUGUGAAACGAAUGGGUCUGGAUCGCAUUAAGCCGAAUGGAUCUCGAAAGGGUGAUCUCAUGCAGACUAGCUGUGGAAGUCCUUGCUAUGCGGCUCCCGAGUUGGUUGUCAGCGAUUCUCUCUACACCGGGCGAAAGGUGGACGUCUGGAGCUGCGGUGUCAUUCUGUAUGCCAUGCUCGCCGGUUACCUGCCUUUUGACGACGACCCAGCCAACCCCGAAGGCGACAACAUCAACUUGCUCUACAAAUACAUCGUGACCACUCCUCUCACCUUCCCCGAGUACGUUACGCCACAUGCUCGAGAUCUCCUACGACGAAUCCUGGUCCCCAACCCCCGAAAGCGAGCGGACUUGUUCGAGGUGGCUCGUCAUAGCUGGUUGAGCGAAUAUGCCCAGCUCGUCGAGUUUAUCACCAGCUCGACUACUUUGCCCUCAGAUGUUCAGAAUUCGAGUGCUGCACCCGCCGACUAUGCAGCAGAGGCUCCUAUGGUCGCCAGAAGCUCGUCGGUUCGCGAGGCUGCCAAACAAAAGCAGGCUCAUCCUCCCGUCGUGGGAGGCUUGGCCAAGACCCAUGGUAACAUCGAUCCUGAAGCAGAGACCGCCGACCGCCGUACACCUAAGGAUGCGAAGCGCCGAACCGUGCAAGUGGAGUAUGUGGCGCCCACGACCCAGACGCAGCGCGGUGCCGAUGGCUCGACUCCGAAAUCCCGGGGUCGAUCCAACUCCCAGGGUCCUGUCGACUCCCCCAGUACCGCGUUGUCUACCGACAAGCCAUUGCCUCGAGAUCCGCCAGUGGCCAAAGACAUCACCCCGAAGUCGACGGCACCGAAGCGACCCCCGAGCGCGCACAAGAGCACACCGCCGUCCAGGCCGACCCGAGAUACACGCACUGCUCCCGAGAAUCCGUAUAUGGCUGGCAUAAACGCGGCUACAAGGCCUCAGACAGGUGGUUCUAUGCAGUCCCGUCCGACCUAUGGACAGCCUGUACCUCCCGCGGUCGCCGACACCAAUGCGCAGGGACGAAUCCAACAGCCAUCCAACGCCGAGGACGACGAGAACAUGGGCAAGACGUUUGGGAGUGUUCCGCCCAAGGUUGCAAAGAUGACGUUCCAGGGCGAGCCCAAGCGCGACGGCAGGGGGCACAAGCGAUCCAAUACUCUUGGAGACCUUGGCUCCAAGAUCAUGGGUCGUAGUGGAUCUCUGUUUGGUGGUCGUGGUAAGAAGAGGUCGGAGCAGCCGCCGCAGGUUGACAAGUCGAGAAAAUAUCCUCCAGUCAGCAUGUCGCACACGAUGCUCCCUGGUGAAGAGGCUGGUCCAAGGCCUUCGAUAGACUCUAGGGUCUCUCGCCGAUCUUUCUCCCUCGGACUUGGAAAGAAGCGGAGUGGAAGUAUUCCUCGCUCACAGGCUUCUGGAGACAAGUCAAAGGGCCGACGAUUCUCUCUGGCCAAGGCCAUGGGGCUAAGUAAGGAUCACGGCAGCGCCCCGCCCUCAGAAGUGGACUCUCAGGCAGACCUCCCGAUUCAAAACCCCCGGAACGAUGCGCCAUUGGGCUACAGCAACCAUGAGGAGCCCCGCCAGAGCGAACCUUACUUUGAUGCCGUAUCUGAUCUGAACCACCCACAAGAGAGGGCCAACUCAAGCCCUGUCUACCACCAGAGGUAUGGAUCCGUGCAAAUGGAUAACCGCCGACCCACUGCAAUCCCAUCAUACGUCCAGGGAGCCCACCUGAACUCGGGAUCCGAGUCUUCGGUAGAUAUGCGACGACCCCCAACCGAGCCCCGACCUAGAGUGUACCAGGCGGAUUACUCGGAGUCUGAGGGGUACGACGGACGCCCUGUUGGCUCCAGUCAAGGAAACCGAGGAGUGCUACACAAGAAUCACAAACGAUUUACAGAUGCGUACGACCAGGACGAGUACCGAGGACAUGAAGGGAGCAGUGGAGCCGCGAAGCGAGUUAUGGACUUCUUUAGGAGACGAGGGAAAGCCCGAGGCGGCGAGGAUCGUUUAUCAGCGUCGCAAGAGGGUUGUGGUUUCAUUUUGUGCUACACAAACGCAUGUUUAGGUUGUCUUGCGGGCAUUAGCGAUGGAGCGAAAUUAGUUGUUAUUGAGAAUGAGCGGUUGGGGAAGGCGAUUCGAAAGAUAGCGAAGUCUACAGAGUCCACAGGGAGGGGCGGGCUCCCACGUGCUGUGCUUCCCUUCCGGAGGUACCUACGGUUGUCGUCAGGGUGGUACAGAGACCGCCACCGCCUUCCGUGUGCUUCGUGUUUGCGUUGCCCCUUCCACGCCAUUCACAUAAAGCCAACCUCUUGGUCCUCCCGUUCUUUUCGUCUUACCUACACUUUUUCUUUCUUCCUUCUCCUCUUACAACAACCUCCCAAAGACACUUGUGUCCGUAAAGCCUGUUCGAUGAAGGAAACCUCCUCUGAAACCCCCAAUAUAGAUGGCAGUCGUUUUCCACCCAACGCGGUCGUGAUUGACUCGACGACGUCAUCCCGCCAAACACAGGACUUGAACCUAAACAACACCGAGAACAACUUCAACAACAGCCCCAAUGGAAUCCCUGGCAACGAUGGCGGUCUCGACGAGAAGUCCUCCGUCAUCAACGGCUUCAGUGCCCCCGUCAACACGACAUCUGACCAGUUCCCACCCGCUAUGUCUACGCAGGUUGAGAGGUCGGGGCCUGUCGUAGAGUCGCCCUCCAAGGCUGAGGAGCAGACCACAAUCACAACCCCUGAACCCACGAAGAUGAGAUUCAUCAUCGACGAGAUCCGCCGUAAUGGUCGGUUGGCCGUCACCUACAGCUGGCUCAAUGCCCUGCUCAUCUUUGUCCCCAUUGGUAUCAUCGUCGCCUCCAUCGACGGUAUCCACGGUGGUAUUGUCUUCGGCAUGAACGCAGUCGCCAUCAUCCCGCUCGCCGGUCUGCUGGCAUUUGCCACCGAGUCCGUCGCCCGGGAGAUGGGAGACGCCCUCGGCGCCCUGCUCAAUGUCACCUUUGGAAAUGCUGUGGAACUCAUCAUUUUCAUUGCACUUGUCAAGAAUGAAAUUCGUAUCGUCCAGGCCUCGUUGCUGGGAUCGAUAUUAGCGAACCUGCUUCUUAUCCUGGGCAUGGGUUUCUUCUUGGGUGGCUUACGCUACCGUGAGCAGAUCUACAACAGCACAGUGACCCAGAUGAGCGCUUGUUUGCUCAGUCUGAGUGUCAUUAGUCUGGUGCUUCCCACCGCCUUCCAUGCCUCCUUCAGCGACACCAAGCUUGCUGAUGCCCAAUCGCUCAAGAUCAGUCGCGGAACCAGUGUCAUUCUGCUCCUCGUCUAUCUCGUCUACCUCCUGUUCCAGCUCAAGUCUCAUGCGUACAUGUAUGAGUCCACGCCUCAGCAUAUUGUCGACGCCGAGUCGACGCCGGGACCAGCAGCCGCGUGGUUGGACUCGUCCAGCUCUGAUGACAGCUCUUCCUCUAGUUCAUCCUCCGAUGACUCUGAUCACUCUCAAGGUACUAUGCGCAAGAAGAUGAAGAAGGUCCUUCGAAGCAGACGCAGACGCAAGUCAACCGCCUCUUCCACCGAUACCAACAAUACCAAGGCCACUGGUACCGUUUCAUUCGUUGCUAGUCGCGAAAACGAGGCUGUCACCGAAGCCUCCAAUUCUCGGCCCAAGUUCCCUCGAUUAUCCUCUGUUGAAGGCAGUGAAGAGGCCGUCGAGGACGAGGAACCUCGUCGCCACCACAAACGCCGCCAUCGCCGACACAGGUAUCGCAAGAGCAAGAAGAAUGCUCUGGAUGAGGACAAUGAGGACGGUAUUCCCGCUAAACCCAAGGUGAAAUUCAAUAACAAUACCCGAGCUGGUGGCGAUGGCGAGCCUCGACGUGUCGAUUUCGCUGUCCAGAACGAAGAUCAAACCGAAAUUCCCGAGCUCGACUCUGGAGCGGAAGGCAGUGGCCGACUACCAUUCCCCAUUCUACGUGGGAUCUCCAUCAAGAACCUUACACCCACUGUCUUUGGACAGGAUUCAAAGACAGCCAUCGCGCCUCCUGUUCCACAAGGCCAUGUUCCCCGGGUUCGCUAUGGCAUUCGACGCACCAACUCGCUCCCAGACCGCCUUAACCAGCAUCAAUUCCGUCCUCCUGGCGCCAUGUUGCCUGUCCAAGUCCCGUUGAUGGCACUCAGUGCCGGCACCGAUCAUGGGAAAGAGGAUGACGAGGAGAAACACUUGUCUCGAGCUGGCUCCGUCAUUCUCCUACUCGUUUCUACUGCUUUAGUCGCAGUUUGUGCCGAGUUCCUUGUCGGCUCUAUUGAAGAGGUCGUUGCCACCUCGUCGAUUGGUGAGAUCUUUAUUGGUUUGAUCAUCUUACCUAUCGUCGGUAACGCCGCGGAACACGUCACAGCUGUCACUGUUGCGAUGAAGAACAAGAUGGACCUGGCUAUUGGUGUUGCGGUAGGCAGCUCAAUCCAGAUUGCUCUUUUCAUCACGCCGCUCGUGGUCAUUCUGGGAUGGAUCAUGGACCGCGAAAUGACGCUGUACUUCACUCUGUUUGAGACGGUCUGUCUCUUCGUUUCGGCAUUCAUCGUCAACUUUCUGGUCCUGGAUGGUAGGAGUAACUACCUUGAGGGCGCACUGCUCUGUGCAGUAUACCUGAUCAUCAGUGUCGUGGCCUUUUACUACCCCGACGAAGACCAGGCUAGCUCUUGGGGAGCGUAA